AUGGAGAAGUUGUCCGCCGAGCCCCCUACCGUCGUAUCGGCAAGCACCUCAAAACAACCUCCCCCCGAGAAACCUGAAGCCGUUAGCCUGAGGACGAAGAUUGUGUUGUCGUUCUGGGCUGUCAUACUCUUCCUUGGGCUCCCAACAUGGUGGCAAACAACUUCGAUCUACCGAGCUGACCUGCCGCUCCAGGACAUGCUGAACUGGGCGGACGGAUUUAACACCCCUACGGCAAUACCAUUGCACAUAUGGAUAUCCUCUCCUCAUAUAUCCUGCUCGGACGCGGAGCGAAUCGUCAGAGAUACUCAACAGGCGCUCGAUGACCUCAAUGAGUACCCAACUUUGCACCAACGACUACAUCUGGUGAAUUCGCGGCCAAGCGGUCAAGCGGACAAGAAAGAGAAGGGGCCCCUGCGGACAAGCUGUGGCGAAGAUACUUCCAGCCCAAGCCUUGGAGACCCAGCGCUGAAAGUGCACCUCGAACCCGCAAAUGAAGGCUUCGCAUUCGAGUUGGAUCCGGUCAUUGCGGAGGCCGUUGUUCGCGUUCCACGCAACGCGGCUACCAACACAUCCCAACAACUGGCAGAGCAUCUCUACGGACUAUUCAGAGAAGAACAAAUUGCAGCGGCGCUUCAAACCGUUUCUCUGGCAAGCCAUAGCCAACAUGCUCAAGCGUUUCUGAGGUCUCAGCCAUACGAUCGGGUCACAAAAAUUGAGAAACAGGUCAAUCGUGCGUACAAGUCCUCUCCAGAGUUCCACUUGACCUUCUCUCUAUUCACAGCCAGUGGCGCACCGUCUAGCUGGGAUGUCCAAGAUGCACUUAAGGAACAUAUCUCGCCACUUGUUCAAGCACUAUCAAGCACUUCGAAAUUCGAUGUCACAACCCAGAUACAACUCUAUUCGAGCUACUCUCCAGCGAUCAAACCGAUAAUCAAAGACGGGCUGGAGGGCACCUUUCUGCAGCAAAAAGAUCUGACAGCUUUCGUGAAUGCGGCGGAAUGGCCCCUGGCGCCGUCAAUAGGAUACGGACCUACGAUUAACUUCAUUCUCUAUGUGCCUGCGAAGGACGAGAUACCUCUUAGGAUAGAUGGUGUCGAAGGGACAUCCUGGCUGAUUCCACAAUGGGGCGGGAUCCAGAUACUCAAUCCGCCUUUGUCUCCGGAUGCCAUCCACGGCGUGGUGAGCUUACCACCACACUUGACCAAAGACCUGCUGCGACAACCUUUCGAGGCUUUCGCCUCACAGCUGCUGUCGGUGUUGGGAGUUCCACAAGCAGAUCAAUUCGGUAAAGUUCUUCCACUUCAGCUAAGACUAGAUGUCUAUAAACGGUUCUCGACGUUUACGUUAUAUCUGAAGGCCGCAUCCAGUUUGGGUUCCCUGGCACGACUGGCACAACGGCUCAGUAACAUUCCAAUUCCGAAGCACGUCGCUGAGUUGGUUGAUGAUGCGAUAGGCAAUCUGACCGCAGCCCGCCAUGCCUUCCUGGAGAGCAGGUGGGAUUCGGCGCUUACUCACUCGGAAAUAGCAUAUAGCGACAGUGAGAAGGCUUUCUUCGACAAGUCUAUGGUUGGCCAAGUUUACUUUCCGGACGAACACAAAGUCGCUGUGUAUCUGCCCCUGCUUGGUCCGAUUGGGGUGCCGCUCCUGGUUGGGCUAUUGAGGGAACUUAAGAGGUUCGCCACAAGAAUGAGGGGCCUCAGAAAGUAA